AUGAAGUCCAACAGUUACGAUAACUUACCCCUUAAUAAUGGUGGAGUAUUUACACCAUUAAAUGAAAAAGUCCAUAUUAGUGUUGGUUCAUCUAAGAACAGCCCUCGCCACUUAUCAGCAAAUUAUAAAAAAGGAUCAAUUUCUGUUGAUGAUUUACUCAAAAGUGUAGAAGGAGUUACUGAUGAAGAAUACUUGGAGUUGUUGGAAUUUAGUAAUCUUAGAUUUUAUACUAGAAACGAUCUUUUCACGACUAUAAAUUUUGUUAAUACUAAACUUCUUGUUUGGGGAUUGAAUAAACCUAAACGACUAAUGUUAAGGCGUUUAGUUGAUGUUAUUAUAAGACUUCAUAAAAAACGGUCUUUACUUCUUCCAUUUCUAUUUAAAGAAGACCUCACAUAUCCACAAAAUUGUAGACGUUUUAUGCAUAUGCUCUUUACUUAUACAGAAGAACUUUUCAAUGAAAAAUCAUUUGGAAUAGUUUAUUCUCCUGAUGGUAUAUUAUUAAGUUGUGAUAAAGAAGCUCAUUGGAAUAGUUAUUUUAAUAUACCAUUACUAAGUCCUGAAUAUUUUUUAUUACAAUGUUUUGUCUAUUUAAAUGCUCAAGAAUUUCUGGAACAUAUAUACCAAACUCAUGACUUUUUUUUAAAGACAAUGAGUAAAAAAGAUCCACAAUUUCCAUUUAGAAAAAGUAGACUUACACGUUUACUUAUUUGUUGGAUAAAAAUAUUUAAAGAAAUUAUUCCUAAUGUUUAUGAUAGUUUAGUUCAUAGUUGUUUAUUUCAGUCUGAUUUAUUUGAUGAAUUAUUUAUUGAAAAAUUCACAGAAAAUUUAGAAAAGAUGAAACCAGUAAUAAAAAGUAAAAUUGGUUUAGAAAAAAAUCAACAAUUUACUAUGCCAAGAAGAGUUGGAAUUCAAAGUCUUAUUCAAAUUGAAUUAAAAGAUGUUGAUAAAAUUAAAGAACUUACAUUAUAUGAAAUACAUCAUAAAAUUGUUGCAGCUCAAUUAAUGAUAUAUGAUCAUGAAGCUUUAAAAACAGUAUAUUGUAGUGAAUUUUAUACUACCAAAAAUUUUAGAACACUUCAAAAUUAUAUUAAUAAAGUAAAGAAAAUUGAGUCAUUAACAGUCCGUUCUGUUAAAAAUACUCCUAAAAGAAAAAUUUUUUCAUUCUUUAUUAAAGUUGCUGUUGAUUGUGUUGAAUAUGGGGAUUAUAACAUUGCUUAUAUGAUCUUUUCUUCUUUGACUCAAUAUUCUACUUCUAAACCACAAGGAUGGAUUGAAAUGAAACGUUCUACAAAAAAUAAAUGGAAUGAACUUGAACAAUUAUUCUCUAUUUCAGGAAAUAAUAAAAAUUAUAAAUUAGAUUUUGAAAAACAUCCUUCUCCUAAAAUCCCUAUUACUGCUUUAUGGAUGGGAGAAAUUAUUAGAUAUUCUCAAUUACCUUCUUUCUAUGAAGAUGGUUCUUUAAAUAUGAUUAAAGUAUAUAAAAUAUCAGACAUUAUGAGUAUGCUUCUUACAGCAAAAGAAACACCAUUAGUCUUUACACCUAAUAAAGAGAUUCAACAAUACCUUUCAGAACUUAGUCAAAUUUAA